CGAUUUUGGCGGCGACAAAAGCGUACCCGAACGACAUUUCUCAGCGUAUACUAUGUUCGUCCUGCGGACUUCUAGUUUUAGAACUUAAAAUUUUGUUCGUUUGCAGAUCUUUGCUGCACGUGCAGGUAUCAAGCUUUCGGACGGUGGAUAUUCGCUACAACGGAGGAAGGAAAAUCGAUUGACAAUUGAUGCGUCGCCUUUUGCAAAUCGAAAAAGAAAAGUGUACGCACCGCAACCGCAACCGGAGCCUUUCAGCCUCCGUUCUUGGUUCGAAGCGACUCCGCAAAUUUGCCACCGCCAAUCUUCAGUGGCCAUCGUCCAGCAAAUGAAGUGUGUAUCAUUCGGCAGCCGGCCUCGUUUGGCUUGUUGAAACUGGGAGGAACAAAGGUGACAAAACCCAGCAAUUCUACUCCAGGCAGAGGUUGCGUACGCCUCGGGAGCAAAAUCGUUUAAAACUCUAUCUGUAGCCCAUGUGAUCUCGGACGGGCAGCAUCCAUACUCCCAUCCGUUAUGCAGCAACAAAGCCGAUGUUGGAGGUAACAAUCUAUCCACGUCGGAACAGUGACUCGAACAGCUCGUUUGGGUGGAACACGAUUGUAUAAAACAUCGUAAAGUGACAGUGGCUCAAGAAGAAAAAGCACAAACCCACAACAACAAGUGUUUAACCGGAAUAUAAACUAAGUAACGUAAACUUAUCAGACCAAAACUUGAUGUAACAGCCACUCGGCAGGGCACUUACUGUUUGUGUGUGUGAGCACAAGUUGUGUGAUAAAGUUUGUCAGUUCGGCUACGCAAUCACUCGAUGCAUAGUGUUGAGCAAGGACGAAGGACUGUGACGCUUAUGAGAUGAAUCGAGCGUAGUGUACCGUGCAUUCGGUGUCCUGUGUUAUUCUUUUUUUUGUUUUAUCCAUGUUGUUGUUGUGUAGUGUACGUAACCGCUGUGACAGAGUAUUGUAAUUGUAGCAAAGAAGGCGACCGUGGUGUGUUGUGUUGUGCUGUUGCCUCUUGGGGUCAAACUUAACGAGCGAGCAAUUACGGAGAUCGUCAGACCCUAUCGAUAGCCAGAGAAGUAGUGUGUAGUGCAUUGUAAGGAACGACGUUAACCUAAAAAGCUCGCCAAAGCCCACGUUAUCAAUGGUGAAGACGACGACGACGAUAACAAUCCUCAUGUUGUAAAUGUGAAUUUGUGGUGUGCCAGCAGUCCCUGUCAAAGAAGCAAUAGUAAAUCUGUCAGCGCGCGAACCUAACCAAUCACCGUUUUUAGGGAAACCAUCGGGAUUUGGAGGAAGCACGUUCCGGAUGUGUUUGAAGGGCUCAGAAGAUCUUGUUUGUUUUGCCAAAUCGUUGGCACCAAACGGGACAACCAUAAGCACCCGUGCAACUACGCCAGCAGUACAAUAAUUGGAAGGAACGGUGCGGUGCAGCGGCCUAUCCAGUGGGCCUUGUGGAGUUGCAGCAAACCUAACCGAAGGCGUUUGUCUAUACAUAAAUCGUUGACCCUGGCGAGCGAUUUGGAGAGAAACAAAUAGGAAUUGGCACAAAGGCACAUUUGCAUCACGAAGGACGUCGUCCGUUAUUGACAUAGUAAGCCACAUCUAGCCGGCAGUAGAAAGAUGGGUGCCUUUUUGGAGAAGCCGAUGACGGCUAAACACAACGAGCAUGGCGAGGGCAAUGGGCUCCGCUUCGGUGUCGGCUCAAUGCAAGGCUGGCGGUGCGAGAUGGAGGACGCGUACCACGCCAAGACAGGGCUGGGCGAACGUUUGGAGGACUGGAACUACUUCGCCGUGUUCGAUGGGCACGCGGGUGACAACGUGGCGAAGCAUUGCGCGGCCAACCUACUGCAGGGUAUUAUCAGCACAACGGAGUUCAGCAACAAUGACAUCACGCGAGGCAUACACGCCGGUUUCCUGCAGCUGGACGCGUCGAUGCGUGACAUUCCGGAGCUGGCGUCCGGCAUGGACAAGUCGGGCACGACGGCCGUGUGUGCGUUCAUUUCCAGCCAGCACCUGUACGUGGCCAACUGUGGCGAUUCGCGAGCCGUCCUCUGUCAGCACGGCCAGCCCGUGUUCACCACGCAGGACCACAAGCCGAUUCUGCCCGGCGAGAAGGAGCGCAUACAGAACGCGGGCGGCUCGGUGAUGGUGCAGCGGGUGAAUGGCAGUCUGGCGGUAAGCCGUGCACUUGGCGACUACGACUACAAGAACGUAUCGGCGCUCGGGCAGUGUGAGCAACUGGUCUCACCCGAACCGGAGAUCUUCUGCCGCGAUCGAGAUCCGGCCGACGAGUUUCUGGUGCUGGCGUGCGAUGGCGUUUGGGACGUGAUGAGCAACGCCGAGCUGUGCCAGUUCGUGCACAGCCGCUUUCAGCUAUCGGAUAACUUGGUGGAGGUGGCAAACCAGGUGAUCGAUACCUGUCUGCACAAGGGCAGCCGCGACAAUAUGAGUAUCAUCAUCAUCGCGUUCCCGGGGGCACCUACGCCCAGCGAGGAGGCCCAGCGGCGUGAGGAAGCGGUCGAGGCGCACCUACGCCAGCGCAUCCAGACGAUCCUGGCCGAAAUGAGUGAGAUCGAGUACGGUGAGCUGCUAAAGCAGCUCGCCAGCGAGGACAUUCCGGAUCUGCCACCCGGCGGCGGGUUGCAUGCCAAGUGUUCCUUCGUAGCGAGCGUGUUUAAGGAGCUACACCCGAAGCUGGCUGAUACGUGCGAAUUGGGGAACUAUUAGGGGCCCACUCGCCCGCAGGUCGCUUUCAGUAGCAUUAUUGAUAAGUUUAACGUACUUUAAAGGAGAACAAAUUACAGAGGAUCGAUUGUGGGAAACCGAUCUGGAAAUGUUGAAAGUCAAUGGUAGACGUAACGAAGAAAGACAAUUCGCUGGUCUUCGCAACUACAGCUAUGAAUUCUUUCGCUCAUCCAUUGGGCAGCGCGAAGACAAAAAAGGAACCAGAUCGCUAACGUUUCCCUCGCGGGGUUGUUUUUACCCUUCAGAUCGCGUAAUUUUCCACAACAAUUUCAACUACGAUUUUUGUACAUACAUUCUGCACCCCCCCAGCAAUGUUUCCCGCGUGUGGUGAUAUCCCUCCCCGCGCCACCAUGUCUGGUGUCACAGUCAUGCCUAUCAAAGGAACCGAAACCCGAACAGAAAACAGCACACUGAAGCCGUAUUUUCUUCUCUUGUUUUUUCUUCUUCUGUCGGUCGAUUGUCGUGGAAAAUUUCAGCAAAUUCCAAAGGACGAAAGGGAACUACAGUAAUCUAUUAGCCAUUACAUUUUACCAUCCCGAACAAAAACAACAUUCACACAACAUUCACAGAGAUUGUAGUAGAGUAGCUAAUAAGGCUGUGUUACAAACAUUGUUGCUGUUUAAAAUGGGAGACAAACAUAAAAGAAAAAAAAAAUUGGAAGAAACAGAGACCCGGGAGUGAAUAGAUUAUUUUUUUAAGGAAUCCGCAAACAACAGGAACAACCAUUCUAGUUUGUCUUCGAAUAUAAAUAUAUAUAUAAAUGGGUGCCAAGACGCGAAGCGCGACUCUGUGUCGGGAUGGAACUGUUAGCACGGGACACACAUCAUACAUACAUGCAGUGUACAGAGCAACAGCAGCAGGUACCAUUUUUCGUAAGCACCUUAAAAUAAACCUCCCCAUAAUCGAUGUGUACUAAUGAUGAGGAUAAUGAUGGUGAUAAAAGUUAUGCAAAAAGUGCGACGCGAGUCUGCACUAUCAGAAAAGGGUAUCCACCCAAACCAGCAAGAAAAACACCGUCGAAUGAACCGAUAUUGAACGAUUAUUUAAUUGAAUAUUAAUAUAAUUAAUCCUAAUUAUUAUUAAUUAAUUAACAUGUCUUAUACAAAACUACAAGCAUACAUUACGGGACUGAAAAUGACCGCAAGAAGUAUAGCAUCUUUUACUUUCCAGAACGGAUCUAAUCGAACCCUGCCUUGUAAAUGUCCUUCGAACGAUUCUAUCGCAUUCUCCCCCCCCGUUACUCGUACCAUUCUUACGUUCUGUUUCGUUUUGAUUUAGAAAGGUUAGGAUAGCGUUUAGUUGGUUCUAAUGUGUGUUGUGAUAGCGCUAGAAUGGAGCUCACAAAUGUUUCACAUUUUCAACACAUGCCAUUAUCAGACUCGGAAGAAUGGCAAAUUAUUUGUUCGAUGUGGCACAACGCGAGGCUAAUGUGAAAGCCUGCAAUGCACCAACGAAAAAAGAAGAAGAGCCCAUUUGACACACUCGCAAAAACAUAAAUACAACACACUCAAAUAAACAAAAGACAACUUAACUGUUAAGUGCGAAAAACCAAGAAGGGUUAACGGGUGUUAUGGUAAUGCUAAUAUAAAACACCGCCGUACAGCGUACAAUAUUUUCGUCCCGAUUGCCGUUUGUGUUUUGUUUUUUUAGGAGAAAUUUUGUGAUAUAUGAUACAAAAUGGAGAUGUAAAAAAAACGUAAACAAAAUGACGACAAAGAACUAAGGAACAAUUGGUCAUCACCAGUACCUUAACGUAUCGAGAAAGAAGAUUACAUUAUAAUUAUUUUGGUGAAAACAACCCUUCUAACAUACAUUCCAUACGAUCUAAAUCAACUGCAAUGAACUGCAUUCUUGCCCACAGAAUGAAAUGAACGCAUCGUAAUCGUUCUCCUAUUCAAACUGGCACAUGAUCAGGAACAAAUGUUAAGGCAUUCAAACAGAAGGGAAAGAAUCAAAUUUCACAGAAAUCUCAGACUAUGUCAGUCUGAUAAAAUAAUCGAUAUAAAAUAUGCCAGCAAAAUAGAGGAGUUUUACUUUAACCGUUGAACGAAUCCAACUUGGUCAGUUCAGAUAAAAUUAUUUUGGAUUUCUUUUUUCCUCUCUCUACACCCCUUUCCUUGUCUAUUUCUUAUUUUCUCUAACCUAAGGAUAUCAUUACAUCCCGCCCUCUCGCCUCGUUCUAGUUUCUUUAAAUGAUGUAAUGCCGCAUUGGUGUAGGUUAUAUCUUUAACAUGGUUUCUACAUACACGGUGGUCACGUGGAACAACUCACAAACGUUUGUGUCGACAAAUGUGACGUAGGCUUGACUUUACAAACAUUUUAUGUUCUUGUUUUACCAAUGCCGAGCUGUAUCUGGAGUUGCCAUCCAAAAGCGUUUGCCCUUACGGGGGAAACAUGGAGUGAGUAGCAUUAGACGGAGGAACUUUGGGCGCAAAUCACACAUCAUCCAGCUCUAUUGUAGCGCGGAUUGGUGGGGCUUAGGGUCUUAGACAUAAAAGUGAAUCAUUAUUGGCAACCAAUGUGUACAGAUGUGUAUAGACAAUUUAAACAAAGUAAACAGUCUCCCCUAACUUUAAAUGCAUUGCCUCAUUGUAAGAAAACAUUGCAUUAGAAGCAGCGAUCCUGAUGCUUUGGGGUCCUUAGCUGUUGUUCCAUGUGCGUUGGUACGAGAAGGAAAAACUGAGACAAAUGAAAACGCUUCCCCCCGGUGCGACACGACGCGUAUCGGCACACCUUUCCAGUGCAGGAUGUGUCCUAGAUGUGUCGUGGUUCAGGAACAGCGGCGGAUGAAACGCUCGCCCAAUGAAUUAGAAUAUAGCACAAUUGUAUCAUUCAAGGACGGUGAGUUACAUAUUGGACGGAAGGUAGACACUAAAAUCAGCAUAUGAAAAGAUAACGAAAAACGAUUCCUAUAUGCAUCUAGAGUUUGGUCCAUGUGUGUACUGUUGCUUGCGUAAACUUGCAUAUGAAAGUUUUCUGCCAAAUAAUGAGCAUAGUUAUUACAAUAAACGUACAUAUAUACAUAUUAGGGGCAGUUACGCUCGGGCCAUUCCAUUACGUGCUACACAGUCCAAAAAGAAAAACAAGCUAUGACGACCCGGACGCUUCAAACCGGGAUUCGAUGCCCGAGACAAAGGGAGGAAAUGCGCAUCCUUGUUUUUCUCGUCCUCGGGGAAAAAUUUGUAAAAGUGCACAUUUUGGUACAAUGAGAAAGUAAAUCAAAAUAAGAGGGGUCGGCACAUUCACGGCGAGGGCUACACAAACAAGAUGUAGAACCGUAUACGUAGCAGAAUAUAUCAUCCGUAAAUACCCCACUUUGAUGUUUUACUGUACAACAACAACAACAACAACAACAACCGGAGGCAGGCAAAUAGGAAAGCUGAUGAAAGUAAGAGUAUGAAAGGGAGAAGUCACUUAAAGUAAACGGAAACAAACUCCUGAGCUUGACGAAACUAUUUUUUGCAGAAUGUGUAACCGAAACAAGAAAGGAAAAGUACAUUCUGGAAAUCAAAAGAAAGGAAGCGUACUAUAUGUAACAUGAUCAAUGAGAUGGAAAGUUUGUGAAGGAAAAGAGAAAUUAACAACCCUUAUCAGCAAACACGAAACCCGCUUCACGUGACGAUGGGUUAUGAUGGAGUCAAAAGUAUGGUGAGAAAAAAAAAGGAAAACACAACCAGCAACAUAAAGAAGAAACACACAUACUUAGACACACAUGUACAUGAAGCGAAAGCAAAAAAAUAGAGUUGGUGUUUUAUUGCUAGAAACCGUUUGAAAAUCCGUCUUUGGCU